AUUGGCCAGUUGGGUGAGCGAGCGAUGCCAGUGUGGAGCACCUGGUAGUCACUCAUCGCCUGGACUAAAGUGGAGCUGUGUACAGUGAACUGACAACACAGCAAUGCGGACGAAGAGAGGCAGAAACGAUUGGGAAUAGUCCGGCUUUCUGAAACAUCUCGGUGUUUCUGAGCUUUGUCUGAUUGUAAAGUAUAACUAAGCGGAUAUUUCGUCUUCGGGAGGACGUAGAAGAGGACAUUAGCUGUCUGGAAAGCCAAACUGGGGCGGAUAUUUCCCGAGGAAAACCUGAAACCACAUCCGUAUUUCCAGCCCUGCGGUCGCGUGGAAUACUCAACUAAAAGAAUGGUUGCCUGAGUAAUUUUAAACACUCUUGCAUAUAUUUUUUGCCAGCAUCGCUUCCGAAUUUGUUUUUACAGUGCCGCUAUGGUGGACUCUCCCACUAAGAGGAAGACUUUUGUGGUCCCAGACAUAAAGCCAUUGGAUUUGUAUGACUGCAGUAAAUCAAAAAUAUGCGCAAGUGUAGGAUGGCUGUUGGCGAAGUCCUACGGGAGUUCAGAAAAUGUCCCUGCAGAGCUGCGUGACCCCUUCUACUGUGACCAGUAUGAACAGGAGCAUCUUAAACCUCCAGUCACACGCCUGCUGCAGUCCUCAGAGUUGUACUGUCGGACCUACAGCAUCGUAAUGGGGAGUACUGGAUCGGAGGCACAGCCCAAAGACAAUGUCGCCCUGCUGCAGAUCCUCACCCAGAGAGGUGCAGUCGCCAAAGAUCAAGGAUCCACAGUGACUGAGGCAGACCUGCGAUAUAAACCUAUCAAAAUGAGUGCCCAUCUUGCAGUGAUAGAUGCCUUGAUGGCGGUGGGAGCCAUGGAGACUGUGACUGCAGUGAAGUCGUGUGGCUCUGCUGAAUUACUGGAUGGAGCUGCUAGUUGGGAGGAUGCUCUGCUUCACUGGGUUAACGUGUUAAACCAGAAGCUGCGAGAUCGCACUGAAGGAGCUCAGACUGACUCGUCUCAAGCAACAACAGAACCCCAACCUGUUGAGCCUUCUCUCCGCUACAGGAAGGAUAAAAUUCAGUCCAAAGUGAAACCGAUCUUUCCAGAGGUGAAUGAAGUUAAAGAUCUCUCCAGUGGUUGUGCUGUUGCUGCUGUCAUACAUCACUAUUGCCCUGGACUACUAAGGCUUGAAGAUGUUUGUAUGAAGGACUCCAUGUCGGUAUCGGACAGCUUGUACAACCUGCAGUUCAUCCGAGAAUUUUGUGACAGCUGUCUGAAGGGUUGCUGUCACUUGACACUUGAAGAUAUGCUAUACACACCACAGGAGCUUCAGCUCAAUUUUCUGAGUUUCCUGUCUGAACUGCUUUACUGGUUUGAAGUACAAAGGCCAGAAUUUGUUCAGCCAAUCAAUGAAUCCACACCAGUGACACAGAGUAACACCAGUGGUAACGGUACUUCUCCUAACAUCUUCAAGAAGCCUUUUCUCCCCAUUUCUUCUUCUGCAUCAGGACCUUUGACUCAGUCUACCUCAAUGUCUCAUAUAGAAGGAGUUGGAAAGACAUGGAGCAAGAAACCUCUCAGUCGGCCCUUGUCAGCAGUAUCCUUCAGCAUCCCUUUUGGCCUUGACAGUGACGUUGAUAUAGUGAUGGGCAACCCUGAAAUAAUCCGCUCUAUGAGCUCAGAUCAACUCAACUCAGCAGGCCAAAGCAUGAAUCAGCCCUACACUACUCCUGAAGACAUUAGUCAUUUGGUUGGUAAAGCCCCUGGACCAAACGGUCCUCAGAGAGCAUCAUGGGCCACACAGGCUCCCGUUAUUCCAAGGCUGGCUGAGGAGAAUGGACUUGAGACGAAUGAAACUGGAGAGGUGCCCACCAUUGAAGAGGCUCUCCAAAUAAUUCACAAUGAAGGCAAGAUGGAACCUAGAUUACACCCUGAUGGUGCUCCUGAUGGCUUCUACCUCCACUCACCUGACGAUCCUGCAAGUUCUAGAUAUGAUGGCAAUCUGACUCCCAUAAGCUGCUCUGCCCCUACGCACUCAGGAAUGAUGUACCAGCCUAAAGAGUCCACCAGGGAGCCAGCUCGCACCAGAAACACCUCAGGAUGUUCACGGGAUGAUGACUCAGUCUUGAGAGAUGGCAGUUUAGAUUCGGAUGCCUUAGAAGACCUGCCAAAGGCCCAGUCGACUCCAAACACACCAGCUUCCAUUGGCUAUGUUAAGGAUUCACCCGACAGUGGCGUGAAGAUGACCAGCUUUGCAGAACGCAAAAAGAAACAGAGCAUGGAUUCUCCUAAAGGUAGCGACUCGUCUUCCCCUCAGAUGACCUCUUGGGCACAAAAGUCUGAAGAAAGCCCAAGCAAGAGCCCACAACUAAAUAAUGAGAUGACUGAACUGGGAGCUCGGCUUGAAGAAAAAAGAAAAGCCAUCGAAGCCCAGAAAAAACGUAUUGAGGCCAUUUUUGCAAAGCAUCGUCAAAGACUGGGGAAGAGUGCUUUUCUGCAGUUGAAAAAAGAACAGAAUGAUGUUGACUCUGAGGAGAAAGGAGAAGAAGAUCUUUCACGUUUGACUUUGGAGGAACGACUUGCUCGACUGGAGGAGGAAGGGCAGGAACAAGAUCAACAGCGCCUCUUUGUGGAGGAUGAAAUAAGUGGUAGAGGAGGACAUGUGCUCAGAGAGGCCAGUCAGACACCUGGUGAAAAAACAGUAGCCCCUUUAGGGGAUUAUAACAACGCUGUGUCCAAGUUAACCGCAGCAUUGUCCUCCCUGCAAACUGACAUGCAGCGACUGAGUGAACAGCAGAAUCAACUAAUCAAGAAGAAACCUGCAGCGUCUACAAACAAAUCUUGGGUUAUUCCAGCCGACCCUAAGCCUUCCAACUCGGCUCCUCCUUCACGCGUCUCACGAGAAUCCACCCGAGGUUUGAAUUUAGCCUCUUCUUCUCCCUCACCAUCACGCAAAAUGGCAAACCCUUCUGCUCCUCCUAAAUCUCCUAAAGUUCAUCGACGAGCUCAGUCUGUACCCCCUAAAAGUCCAAAACAGAGUCGCCAAAUGGACACAAAGUUCCCAAAGGAUUCAAGGGUUCUCACCCCACCCCAGAAUGUGGACCGUAUCCCCCAUCUUCGUCGAGUAAAUUAUUUACAAUCCCAGGUUCAGACUUCAUCCUCCUUCUCUAUAGGCAACUCUGAAAGCCUGGAUGAGCUACGUUCAUUUGGGCCGACUCCCGUCCCCACACCUUCGUUGACUCCUAUACCAACGCCACCUCCUCAUCCUGCAGCAGACGAUGCCCUGUCAGAAGUAGGCUCCAAUGAUGGACAGAGUAUUUUUAGCAUGGACAUGGAGGCAGGUCGCUCACACAGUCCCCUGGUAAAGAAGGAAGGGCUUGCUAGUGCAGGAUGCAGCUCUGGUGCCCCUUCAGAAUGCUCCUUCGAGAGUGAAGCCCCAGCUGGAAUGUCUAAUGGCAAACGGAGUAGUUUAAUUGAGAUCUCACUCUCUGCCUUGCGAGCGGAGAGGGAAGAGGAUGACGAAGUGCCUGACACAUUAUCAGAUUCAAUGAGUGAUCGAACGGAGCCAGAAUCGAAGGCAGGAGUCGGUUUCUUUUUCAAGGAUGACAGGGAUCGACCAGAGGAUGAGAUGGCACAGCGAAGAGCAGCUUUUCUUGAGAAGCAGCAAAGGAGAACCGAAGAGAUGAAGAGACGCAAACUUGAGCAGGAGAAGGAAAAAGAAUCAAACAAGCCCCAGUGGAUGAUCAUUGAAGGCUGGGGCAAGAAUGAAGAAACACCCCAGGCCCCAGGCACCCCUCCGGCAUCACGUACCCCACCAGCAGAAGGCACUCCCCAGCGCAGAGGAGACUUCACCAGGCAGGAGUAUGAGAGACGACAGCAACUGAAGAUUAUGGAAGAUCUGGACAAAGUGCUAAGGAAGAAACCUACAACAGUCCGUGAUGUGAAGAAACAGAGACCUAAGACGGUUUUCAGAGAUGACUCGGUUUUGUCCAAUAGUCCCGUUAAAGGAAACAGGCUGAACAAAGGGAACUUCCACUCAAUGAUGAACCUGUCCUCUACGAUUAAUGACUCUGGAGGGCUGACUGUCAGGAAAUCUCCAAGCCGAUCACACUCUCCCUCUCGGUCACGGCUAAUGUCACCAGGGCGAAGGAGUGCCCAGAAUGGGGAAAAAGACUGGGAAAAUGGAUCCACCAUUUCCUCCCCAGCUUCCAUUCCAGAAUAUACAGGACCAAAGCUAUACAAGGAACCGAGCUUUAAGUCCAACAAGUUCAUCAUCCAUAAUGCUAUCACUCGCUGCUGCCUGGCUGGCAAGGUUAAUGAACCACAAAAAAACAAGAUCGUCGAGGAAAUGGAAAAAAGCGCAGCCAACCAUUUCCUAAUCCUCUUCCGAGAUGCCAGCUGCCAAUUCAGAGCAGUUUACACCAUGAACCCUGAAACCGAGGACAUGGACCGGCUGACUGGCUUUGGCCCACGGAACAUCAAACCUGAGAUGGUGGAGUCCAUUUACAAGUAUAGCUCUGACCGUAAACAGUUCACCGUCAUCCCGUCCAAAACCAUGUCGAUGAGUGUUGAUGCCUUCACCAUUCCUAACCACUUUUGGCAAAAGCGUCCAGGAACACCUAAAAAGUUGAACACCCCAAAUUAAAGGCUCGCCUAUGGUUGGGAAAGAUGCUACAAUUC